CUCCGGGGCGGGGUUUCCCACCCGAAGACGCUGAGUGGCGGCUUGGCGAUGCCUCUCCCUCCCCUCUCUUUAGGGAACAACGUGGACUGGGAGUUCCCAUUCAUAAAAAUCCAGGCAGAUUGAAAGCGCUCCUUUUCAGAGCGUAGGACGGUUUGCUGGGCUGAGCCCGGGCAGAGAUGUUCAAAGAUUUCGGAGCGGGCAGGCCACCCACUCCCGGAGGUCAUCGGCCACGCUUACAGGGCCCGGCAUCCACCUUGCGCCCAGGGUCGCAGCAGAAAUACCAGUCUGAUCCCGGGGCUGGCAGCAGCAGCAGCACCCCUGGCUUUGUUCCCAACCUCAACACCAUCACCACCAGCCACGACCUCCAGUGGAUGGUCCAGCCGACGAUCAUGGGUGCCUCUCCAGGGAUCCCCCCUUACCCGCGACCCUAUCGGUACCCACACUAUGCUGCUGGCAUCCGGCCGGGUGUGAUCCGUACCGCCAGUCCCCUCCUAAUGCCCCGGAGGCGUCAUUCGGAGCAUCUGACUUCUGAAGAGGAGGAGCGACGCCGGUUGCGGCGUGAGAGGAAUAAAUUGGCGGCUGCUAAGUGCCGGAAUCGGCGGAAAGAACUGACAGACACCUUGCAAGCAGAGACAGACCAACUGGAAGCUGAGCAGUCUGGUUUGCGGAAGGAGAUUGCGGAGCUGCAGAAACAGAAGGAGCGACUGGAGCUUGUCCUGGAGGCCCAUCGCCCUGUCUGCAAAGUCCCCGGAGAGUCCUCGGGGGAAGACGAAGAGGACCAAAGCCAGCUGGCGGUCAAGCGAGAGUCCCCGCCGGGCCCCAGCGCCCCCCGCCGAGCCGCUCUUGUGCCCCCCAGCAUUACUCUGCCCCCCAGUGGCAUGCUAGAGCCGGAGGCUCUGCACACCCCCACCCUGAUGUCCACGCCAUCUCUCACCCCCUUCACCCCAAGCCUGGUCUUCACCUACCCCACCCCGGGGGACCCCGAUGCACCCUCCAGUGCUGGCUUUCCACCAGAGCCCUGCUCCUCUGCCCACCGACGCAGCAGCAGUGGCGACCACUCCUCCGAUUCGCUCAAUUCCCCAACCUUGCUGGCGCUCUGAGGACCGGAUGGGAUGUUCUGGCUUGGUAGUGGAACAGUCCAGAUAGAGAGCGCUGUCUGGAGACUGCUGGGUUUCAGGGCAGCUUCUGCCCUGGAUUGCUUUUGCUUCGGGGCGGGGGGGAAUUCUACUGGUCAUCUCUAUACCUCGUUUGGGGUCCUUGCCUCCUCUGCUGGCCGUGGGCCUCUCGCUCUCCAUUCUUCACCCAAGCUCUGGAGUCAAGUUACCGGUCCCCAAGAGUGACCAGACAAUCCAUUUUUUUCUUUUCUUUUUAAAAUUUUCGUCAGAGAGUUGGCCUACCAGAACUCCAGUCAUUAAUUCUUUCUCUUUACUAGUGGUCUCCGAGCAGAGGCGAGACAGCCUCUCUUUGGGGGGGGGGGUGUUCUGGAUUUCUUGUAUUGACCAAGGGGGAUUGGAUAGAUGGCCUCAAAUGUCCCUCUCCAACUCUAUCAGCUUAUGACUUCUCACAAAAACAACUUACACUUGAUCGCCUCGUUAUUUUGAAAUAAAAAAUUAUUUCACUCUACGUCCUUCCAUUUCUCAAACCGUCAUUGUGACCUCUUGCAGAAUUGUUUUCUUUCAAAGCCAGGUAAAAAUAGGUCAAUGUGAAUCCUCCGUGCGCUCCCAGGGACUGAUCCCUAUGCCCCAAGUUACUGACAACCUCCUGGAUGAAUACCCCCUUACAGUAUGCCUCCCUGG